AUGAUGGAACUUCCACAACCGAAGCCAAAGAAAAAUUGUAGACUAGCCAGAGAUUUACCACUACCCAUCGUUUUCAAGAAAGAUGGAACGUUGAAAACUUUUGCAGCGUGUUUUAACGGAUUUUCUGUUACUGUGGCUAACCCAGAGGACAUGAAAACACUUAUUUCCAAAGGGUAUUUUGGUAAAGCCAAUUUGUCUCGAAGUCAUCCGCAAUUUUCAAGAGGCGAUAACAUACAAAUUGUGAGACAAAGACAGCUUACAGUUAGAAAAGCCUGCUCAGAACAAUUUGCCAUCAAAAUGAAGCCUGAGAAAGUCAUAGUAGUUCCUGAUAGCGACUCAGAAAACGAUUACUUUACGAAUUUACGGCCCAAAUACGCCAUAGACAAUUCUUGUUUGAAAGAGGAACUCUGGCUAGGAUUAGAGGAAGCAUUUUUCCUUACGAGUGUUGUCAAAUGCCUUAAUGUGAGCUUCGAGGGCGAAAUAGCAAGCAUCGAAAAACUAUGGGGGCUGUUUCAAAACGCGCAGCCUAAUUUCACCCGAAAUUAUGUGGUCUAUUUUUACUACAGGUGCAAGAAUUGGGUUGUAAAGCCUGGAAUUAAAUUUGGGGGAGAUUUUAUGUUGUACAAAGAGGGGCCUCCGUUUUACCAUUCCACUUACAUAGUGGUUAUAGACGUUGUUGAUACAGCCGGGAAAAGAAUAGAAUCAUUAACAAAUCGAUCCAUGGACAACAUAUCCAUAUUAGGCUUAAAUAGACUUUGUGAGACUGCAGGAAAGGAUUUACUAAUAUGUAGGUUGAAAUGGCCCCAGAACAGUGCUGUAACAUAUGAAGACUUGACGAAUAUUGAAAUACAAGAAAUCCUGGUAAAGAGAUGGAUUGCAUCACAAGAGAGGGGUGACACUGCCUGAAUAACACUAUGCCAAAUCCAACUAUCACUAUAUUCAAUUAAAUUACGUAUCUACUGAAUCACAUA